AUGGACACACAAAAAGACCAACACUCCGGCAAAAAAUAUUCCAGAAAGGCUAAGAAAGUCCAAAAAGGUUUCACUGCUGCAUAUCCAACACAAUCCUCCAUUCCUUAUAAAUAUCAGCCUUUCGUAAUUCCAGAAUCAGAAAAAAAGGGAUUUAACAGCCAAGCCAAGAGAUUUUACCACAAACAGGAUGAUAUCCCAGGCCCGGGGUUCUACAACGUCAUUCACCAGUCCCCUGUGUUCGACAGCGUGUCGUUGUCCAAGAAAGGGACAUGCACUUUCCCUUCUUGUGCUCGACUGGACACCAUCGUUUCUAAAUACCCGGCAGCUAAUGCGUACACUAUCCCAUCUCAUCUUGUUUCAAAGAAAGACUUCAGCAAUUCCUGUUCCAGCAUGUUCCAGUUGCCAAGCUAUGAGAAAGUACUCAAAUUUGAAACCCCUGCACCAAACCAGUACAAUGCCUCCGACUCCUGCUGCAAGCAGGCGAACAACGUCUGUGCCCGAGCUGGGUUCGUGUCCAAAACCCAGAGAGGACUUCUCGCUGUUUCUAAAACAGGACCCGCCCCAGGGCAUUAUGAUGUGAACGAAUCCCUUGUGAAGCAGUCACCGAAGAUACUGAUGUCUUGUUUUAAAUCAAAAACCGACCGUGGAUUAAAGCUGACGUCAAUAGGCCCAGGACCCGGUUAUUACAACCCAAAUGGUCACCCCAAAGUUCAAAAAAAGGCUCUGAUCCCGAGAAACCCCAUCCUGAACUUCUCUGCUCAGCCUUUGCCUCUGCCCCCGAAGCCGCCUCUGCCGGGCCCCGGGCAGUACGAGAUCGUGGACUACACGGGACCCCGCAAGCACUUCAUCUCCAGUGCGUCUUUCGUGUCCAACACCAGCCGGUGGACAGCGGGGCCGUCCCAGCCAGGCCUGCCCGGCCCAGCCACGUACAAGCCGGAAUUCCCUGGCAAGCAGUCGUUUCUCUACAAUGAGGACAACAAAUGGAUCCCAGUGUUGUAG